UGGGUUUAGAGGAUUUAUAGGAGGGUUUUGGAGGAGAGAGGUUGAAUUUGAGGUGUGGUAUAGAGAUAUGGAAAAGAAUAAGAUAGAGUCCAAAAACCAGGAUAAAUUUCAAAGAGCAAUGUUUGGGCCAAUCAGAGCAAGGGUUAAAACAAAUCGCAAAUAAAAAUGUCAAUCAGACACAGAACAAGAUUACUAAUGUUGAUUAUGACUCUCUCCGAUUUAGCGAGGUUAGUAAGUUUACAAACCCUAAGACUGGAUUAAAAAGAAAAUCGCUAAAUUACAAAAGCUCCAUCCGAAGAACAGGGAACAAUAAAUAAAAUGAUGAGAAAUCAUUUAAAGAAAAACCUUUCGAUUGGGGAUAUUAGUUAUGAUCACACCAAUUUCAGGACAAGUACAACCAAGAAUUCUUUGAGGACUAAUAUUGUUGACAGCUCUCGGUACAAAAGUACUCUUGUACCAGGUUCUGCUAAGAACACCUCAAAGCAUUCUACUAAUGCUGAAUCAUAUAUGAAGUUUCAGACAAACACUGUUCUAAAGUCUCAGCCUAAAUUUACCAACAAGUUAGACAAGAAUAUAAAUUUCUCUAUUAAAAAGGCAAAUUACCCAAAUUUUGGACAAAAGCAAGGCCAGAUUCAAGAACUUAUGAAUAUGCAAGAGAAAAGCCGUGAAAUGAAACAUCACGUGCAGCAUAGGAACAACGGUGGUCUGGAAGAUAAAUAUUUGGAAAAGUCUCAAGAAACAGAAUCGCUUGAAAAAGAAGAUAAAAAGUGGGAAUCCAAAGAGGAAGAAAUGCAGUAUCUUACUUCAGAUAGUAUGACUUCUCUAGGAAGUAUCCCAGAUGAAUACGAUGCGUUUGAAGCUCAACCUGUUUGAUCUUUGAAUCAAUCUGCAACAGAAUCUCGAAGAAGCAAACAAUCUAAGAGCAUGGCAGCGUGUGGGCAUCAAAAAGCUCAAAAUUAUAUAAAGGAUAAUGAAGAUCAGGAGAACUCAGUUAACCAAAAGCAUCUUCAACCUUUGUACGAGUCCCAGAAGGAACGAGGAGAUCUAAAAGUUGACACAAAUUCCCGAAACCAUGAAACAUCUAGUAUAGGAAUUAAGGUAAAGCACACUAUGAAUGUCCCUAGCAUGAUCACACACCUAAAGCGGAAAGAUGGAUACCUAGAAAGUCUGGAUAUCUUCCUGAGCGAGAACCUGUCAGCAAUCUCCGACCUUAUCAGCAUCAAAAAGAUCGUUAGCAACAAUAUCAAAGAACUCAAGAAACGUACUGAAGAGGAAAAGGAUAAUAUCAUAAAAGAAGAGAAGAGAGGUUUGAAAUUAGAAAAAGACAUUUCAAGAACUCUUGAGGAAAAUUACUGCCUUGAGCACCAGAAUGAAGUCUCAGUCGGAAUUGUCCAAAGAGUUAGAGCCAAGAUCUCAGAGAAAUAUCAACAGUAUGAGCAAGAGAUUGAGGAGCUAUAUUCACGGAAACAGGAAAUUAAGGAGAAGGUUACCAAGCAAAUUAAAGACCAUGCUGAUCCAGUCAAAAGGUCGAUGAGAAUGUACAAAGCUGUUAAGAUUCCGAAGUCCGGAAGAGUUGCUGAUAAGCUGACAUCAAACGAGUACCAGCUAGAAUGCCUCAAGAAAAUUAUGAGUAACGAGAAUAAUAGGAUGGACCAAAGACUAGCAGUUGUUCGAGAGAAAACAAAACUUCUCAACAACCUUAUUAAAAACGAAGAUAGCUUUUAGCCAGUAUGGGAUUACCCAGAGUUCAA